AGGCGCAAAUGCAAAGAAGAGGACGUGGAAGGCCAAGAAAACUCCGAGAGGGUAGAGGACGACCCAGAUCACAGCCUCGUGCACCAAUUAGGCAAAGAAGUAGACGUAGACAGCCGCCUGUGGACGAGGCAGUGAUUGCACAGGAGGAGAGAAGGAGAGACAUUGAGAGAAGAGUAAAUGCCCUUUCCUCUAAUGAGUUGAGAGUUACCCUCAUGACGGUUGUGCAAGAAAACCUGGAGUAUCUUUUCAACAUUCUGAGAGAACCACAUCUACGCAAAUCUGGACCAUCACAACCACUUUGGUGUGUGUGCACAUUUUGUAAAGAAAUGCCUACCCAGAAAGAGCAACUGUGUUGUCAAAAAAGUGAAGACAGUUGCAUUUCCAGACUUCCUGAUUUUGAUGUUCUGAUGUUGGAUGAGGCUGUCCUUUCUUUGGCAAGAAUAUAUAGACAGGAUAUAUUGGCCAUGCCGGAGGAUGAGGACAGAAACCGAGCCAACAGGUACACUGCAUAUAGACAAUUUGUUCUUUGGCAUCAUGGAAAACUUAGCAUCGGGGACAGAAGAGUUAUUCCUAGCUGCUGUGUUUGUCGAAUCAGGGAGAAGUUCCCUGAUCCUUAUGGACAGUAUGAAGGGUUUAAAGAUGGCCUAUUACAAUAAAUUCCCAUAGAAUCUGUGGUUUUGUUAGUAUGUACGAUAUAAACUGAAAGUAUUAGAUAAUGUGUCAUUAAAAAAUAUUUAAACAUUUAUUAGAAGAUA